AUGGCUAAGUUACACACAUUGGUUGCGGCACUGUUGCUUGUCAUGGCAGUAUCCCUCGCUGCACUAGAGGGUGUUCAUGCCGUCUGCGGCAUGUCAAAUGAUGAAUUCAAGCUUUGCCAGCCCGCGGCGGCAGUGAAUAACCCGACGGACAGUCCAUCGGCUGAGUGUUGCGCUGCCCUUGGGAAGGCCAACCUAUCAUGCAUCUGCCGCUACAAGGGCAUCGCCGGCAUAUGGCUGAGAAUGUACCACAUUGAUGCAAACCGGGCCAUGGCGCUACCCGGUAAGUGCGGUCUCACCAUGCCAAACAACUGCUCUUGA